AUGGUGCGGAAGCGGCUCGCGCUGCUUUCGCUCCUGCGUAUUGCGACAGGAUACCAAAUGUCCUUGGAGGCCGCAGAGCUUUUCGAAGGCAACGUCAAAGACGAUGACUUUGGGAAGGUCGUGAGCAUCUCCGGCGAAGUGCUGAUCGUUGGCGCACCGGGGGAAGAUGCCAAUGGGGAUGAUGCGGGUGCUGCAUAUGUCUACCUUCUGUCCAGCAACGUCUGGACCUUGGACGCGCGCCUCGUCUCCUCGGACAUCGCGGCAGGAGAUCGCUUCGGCAACGCCGUGAAGGUGGCAGGCGACUACGUCAUCGUUGGGGCUGAUGGCCAUGAUGACGGUGGACUGGCCGACACCGGGGCAGCGUACAUCUUCAGAAAGAGUGCCGGGUCCUGGAACCAAGAGGCCAAGCUCAUCGGGAACGAUACCAUGGCUGGGGACAAGUUCGGGGUCUCCGUGGGCAUCAGCGAAAGCUAUGCAGUGGUUGGAGCGGACUGGCACACUGGUCCUGGUGGCGUAGGAAGUGGCGCUGCCUACAUCUUUUCAUUAGAUGGAAGCACGUGGAAGGAGGAGGCUCAGCUCGUGGCCAAGGACGCUGAGGCCUUCGACCGCUUCGGCGGCGCCGUGGGCAUCGACGGCAGCACCGUGAUCGUCGGAGCUCUUGAGUCGGAGGAGAAUGGCGCUGCCUAUGUCUUUGAAAGGGAGCCGUGGCCUGAGGCGCCGGUGGUGCUGGUGACCGAUGAAAAGGAGCAGCUGGCGAGGAACUCGUCCAAUCUCUGCAUGGAAACUCCGGAGAUGUCUGGAUGCCCGUCAACUAAAGACAUUGAAGAAUCUUAUCCCGAGGACCAGGAUAUCCAAGAGGCCCUGGAUUUAGAGGAAUCCUUGACCGGACUCCAAUGGGUCUUCGUGACCCUGAAGAACCGCUGUGCUAUCGGGGUGGGCAGCCGAAAUAAGCGCUACACUCGCGCUGCGAGGUUGGGCUUAGCCCUGGCGCAUUUGACCCGAGACGGGGAGGUGAAGAAGAGUAGGGUGCAGCUCUGUGGUUUACUGGAAAGCUUCCAAAAUGCACGGGCCUUGGGCGAUGGCUGUGACGACCAGAAGCACCACUCCGCGCAGAAGGAGAUGCAAAACGCCAUGGCUGCACUAGAGGACGCCAGAGCCGAUCCGGAGCCUGAUCCAGAUCCGGAACCCACGGAUCCCUGGGAAGAGGUUCCCGACUGGGCGAUGGGUGGACCUGGAGGACCUGCGGCUACAUCUCUCAGCCUCGCAGCGGUGGAAAGUUGUCGGAUUCGAGGAGAAUCCUUCUCUGCUCAGGAACCCACGGAUCCGUGGAAAGAGGUUCCCGACUGGGCGAUGGGUGGACCUGGAGGACCUGCGGCUACAUCUCUCAGCCUCGCAGCGGUGGAAAGUUGUCGGAUUCGAGGAGAAUCCUUCUCUGCUCAGGAACCCACGGAUCCCUGGGAAGAGGUUCCCGACUGGGCGAUGGGUGGACCUGGAGGACCUGCGGCUACACCUCUCAGCCUCGCAGCGGUGGAAAGUUGUCGGAUUCGAGGAGAAUCCUUCUCUGCUCAGGUGGUUUGCCGCAUUUUGGACCUCAGUAGACAGAACAUGCUGCGGUUGCUCAGGGGUCAAGGAGGCGUGGCCCGUAUCAACCUGAAUGGGCGACCAUGGCACAAGGUGGUCGCAGGGGCACCGGAUCAUAUUCGCGAGCACUUGGUUGGAUGUGGCAUCCAGAGUUGCCACUUGGAAGUGGAUGAAAAAAACAGGAGUUCCUUUCCGCCCUACGCUCCACUGCCUUUCUUCAGCUUCACACGUGUCGACGGAAGCAAAGCAAGGUACAGCCCCUUAGAUGCUGCAACGCAGGCCCCCAGAAGUCCACCAAGUCCAACUCAACGAACUCAACGUCCAGGACGCAGCCGAAGUCGGGAAAAACAGUUGAUCCGAGGGACAGCGGGGCGUGAAGGAGCUGUGCGCCCACGACCGGGCCCGGCCGUCCCGGUGGGCCGCCCUGUUUUCGCGCCCCCUGCACAGCCGAGCUCCAUCUAUGGGGGCCAUCAACCUGAGACGGACGAUGACGAUGAGUGGGAACUGGUGACGCUGGAGGAGGAGGAGGAAGAGAACGAGAACGACCAGAACGGGUACAUCCAGAGGGAGCAGGUGCCAGGUCACUGGACUUCCAUGGGCCCCAUCGGUGCGCCUCCCGACCUCGACCUGACGCACCUCUCCCGCGACCGCCGCCCGGGCCCGGGCGGCCUGGGCGGUCCGCAGCGGGAGCUGCUGAAAGAGGCGGUGCAGUGCAACGGACGCCAUCUGCGCAAGCUGGACCCGGCCAUGUGUCCAGAGGCUGAGUGGCAUUGGAAAAACCUGGUGCAGUGGCUGGAGUUGGAUGACCUGCGAUUGAAGUGUGGCCAUGCCUCGAUCUCCAGACACUUUUCACACGGAGAACACAAGGGGCAGCCAGUGCAACAGCUGGUGAUUGACCUCCAGAUGGGCCGCCUGCAUCCGCAGGAGCUGCCCGCGCUGGUGGCCGUGGAAACGGCCGCCGCGGGCGAGCUCUUCGUGGUCUGCGGCAACCGGCGCUGGUUUGCGGUGCAGCAGUUCGCCAAAGCCACGCCCCCCUGGAAGCGUCCCCGCUGUUGGGUCCGCGUCAUUGUCCACGACUUCCCUCAGCUGACGGCGAUCUCGGACCCGGAGCAACGCAGUGCCUUCCUGCUGAAGGCCGGACGUUUGGGACGACGUUUGGGACGAUGGGGAGGCGAUCCAAGCAGUGGAUGGCAACGGAGAGCGGCCACGAAUGAGAUGAAGUGCUGGGGCUUCGAAUCUGCCAAAUUGAGCGAGGAGAACGGGCCGACUUGGACGCAGAUGGUGAAAUAUGUGGCAGAUGCCAAUAGCAAUAGCACCGACUCCGAUCGGUUUGGUAGCGCCGUGGCGGUGUCUGGGACCACGGCCGUGGUGGGCGCCUUCUGGGACGACGGAGAGAAGAUCAAUGGUGGAGCUGCCUACAUCUACACCAGGAAUGCGUCUGGCUGGGGUAGUGGCACCAAGAUCUUUGCGCCUGAUGGGGCGACUGAGGAAGAUCGCUUUGGAAUCUCCGUGGACGUCUCAGGCAACACCAUGAUCGUCGGUGCCUACUUCGAUAGCGAUUCUGGCUUAUGGAGUGGCUCUGCCUACAUCUUUGCCCAACUGGCCAUUGAUCAGUGGUCAUACCAGGAGAAGGUGGUGUGGUCCCAAGCGUCUGCGGGGCAGUUCUUUGGUCGAGGUGUUAGCAUUUGGGAUAGUAAUGUUGGACCCUUCACUGCCGUAGUGGGGGCCCCUGGCGCCAAUCGUAGCAUCGUGGUGGAAGGAGGAUUGCCCACCACCAGCACGACCACCACGAAGACAUCGACGAGCAGUUCCACGAGCUCCGCCACGGGCACGAGUUCCUCCACGGUGUCUUCGAGCAGCAGCAUCACCUCCAGUAGUAGCGUCACCUCCACCACCUCCAUGACGUCGAUCACCGAGACCGUCACCAGCCUCACAAGUAGCUCGACAUCACUCACUGCAACCACCAGUACCUCCUCCAGCGUGACCCGAACAACGAGUACCUCCUCGUCGGUCACGUUGACCACUUCAACGGUGACACUUACGACCAAGACCACCAAGACGCUUUGA